CGUGAGGGGGGAGGUGGCGGCAGCGUUAAGUGAGAAAGGGGGAAAAGGAGGAAAAAAAAAAGGAGGGGAAGGGAGUGUCAGGACAGGGUGGUGCGGCGACACGGGAGGCCUAGUGGCGGCAGAGUGGAGGUUUCAAGGCUGAAGUGAGCUCGGAAACGGCAGUGGCGGCGGGCGGACAAACGGACUGACCGAGCCGGGUGGUGGCGGGAGCCGCGGGAGGAGCCGGAACCAUGCCGGCCGUGAGCCUCCCGCCCAAGGAGAACGCGCUCUUCAAGAGGAUCUUGAGAUGUUAUGAACAUAAACAGUAUAGAAAUGGAUUGAAGUUCUGUAAACAAAUCCUUUCCAAUCCCAAAUUUGCAGAGCAUGGAGAAACCCUGGCCAUGAAAGGAUUAACGUUGAACUGUUUGGGAAAAAAGGAAGAAGCUUAUGAAUUGGUUCGCAGAGGUUUGAGAAAUGAUUUAAAGAGUCAUGUGUGUUGGCAUGUUUAUGGCCUUCUUCAGAGGUCAGACAAGAAGUAUGAUGAAGCCAUUAAGUGCUACCGAAAUGCACUGAAAUGGGAUAAAGACAAUCUUCAGAUCUUAAGAGAUCUCUCCUUACUACAGAUUCAAAUGCGAGACCUUGAGGGCUAUAGGGAAACAAGAUACCAGUUGCUUCAGCUUCGACCUGCACAGAGAGCAUCAUGGAUUGGUUAUGCUAUUGCUUACCAUUUAUUAGAAGACUAUGAAAUGGCAGCAAAAAUUUUAGAAGAGUUUAGGAAAACACAGCAGACAUCUCCUGAUAAAGUGGAUUAUGAAUAUAGUGAACUCCUUUUAUAUCAGAAUCAAGUUCUUCGGGAAGCAGGUCUUUAUAGAGAAGCCUUGGAACAUCUUUGUACCUAUGAAAAGCAGAUUUGUGAUAAACUUGCCGUUGAAGAAACCAAAGGAGAGCUUCUGUUGCAGUUGUGUCGUUUGGAAGAUGCUGCUGAUGUUUAUAGAGGAUUACAAGAGAGGAAUCCUGAAAAUUGGGCCUAUUACAAAGGCUUAGAAAAAGCACUCAAGCCAGCUAAUAUGUUAGAACGGCUAAAAAUAUAUGAGGAGGCCUGGACUAAAUUCCCUAGGGGACUUGUGCCAAGAAGACUGCCAUUAAACUUUUUAUCUGGAGAGAAGUUUAAGGAGUGCUUGGAUAGGUUUCUAAGGAUGAAUUUCAGCAAGGGUUGUCCACCGGUCUUCAAUACCUUGAGGUCUUUAUACAGAGAUAAAGAGAAGGUGGCAAUUGUAGAAGAACUAGUAGUUGGUUAUGAAACUUCUCUAAAAAGCUGUCGCCUAUUUAACCCCAAUGAUGAUGGAAAGGAGGAACCUCCAACCACAUUACUUUGGGUCCAGUACUAUUUGGCACAGCAUUAUGAUAAAAUUGGCCAGCCAUCUAUUGCUCUGGAAUACAUAAAUACCGCUAUUGAAAGUACACCAACAUUGAUAGAACUCUUUCUUGUAAAAGCUAAAAUCUAUAAGCAUGCUGGGAAUAUUAAAGAAGCUGCCAGGUGGAUGGAUGAAGCCCAGGCCCUGGACACAGCAGACAGAUUUAUUAAUUCCAAGUGCGCAAAAUACAUGUUAAAAGCCAAUCUGAUUAAAGAGGCUGAAGAAAUGUGUUCCAAGUUUACAAGGGAAGGAACAUCAGCGGUAGAGAACCUGAAUGAGAUGCAGUGUAUGUGGUUCCAGACAGAAUGUGCCCAGGCAUACAAAGCAAUGAACAAAUUUGGUGAAGCACUUAAGAAAUGCCACGAAAUUGAGAGACAUUUUAUAGAAAUCACCGAUGACCAGUUUGAUUUUCAUACAUACUGUAUGAGGAAGAUCACCCUUAGAUCAUACGUGGACUUAUUAAAACUAGAAGAUGUACUUCGGCAGCAUCCAUUUUACUUCAAAGCAGCCAGAAUUGCUAUUGAGAUCUAUCUGAAGCUGCAUGACAACCCUCUCACAGACGAGAACAAAGAGCAUGAGGCCGAUACAGCAAACAUGUCUGACAAAGAGUUAAAGAAACUACGUAAUAAACAAAGAAGAGCUCAAAAGAAAGCCCAGAUAGAAGAAGAGAAAAAAAAUGCAGAAAAAGAAAAGCAGCAGCGAAAUCAGAAAAAGAAAAAAGAUGACGACGAUGAGGAAAUUGGAGGUCCCAAAGAAGAACUUAUCCCUGAGAAAUUGGCCAAGGUUGAAACUCCGUUGGAAGAAGCUAUUAAGUUUUUAACACCAUUGAAGAACUUGGUGAAGAACAAGAUAGAAACUCAUCUUUUUGCCUUUGAGAUUUACUUUAGGAAAGAAAAGUUUCUUUUGAUGCUACAAUCAGUAAAGCGGGCGUUUGCUAUUGAUUCUAGUCAUCCCUGGCUUCAUGAAUGCAUGAUUCGACUCUUUAAUUCUGUGUGUGAAAGUAAAGACUUACCUGAAGCAGUUAGAACAGUAUUAAAACAAGAAAUGAAUCGUCUUUUUGGAGCAACAAAUCCAAAGAAUUUUAAUGAAACCUUUCUGAAAAGGAAUUCUGAUUCAUUGCCACAUAGAUUAUCAGCUGCCAAAAUGAUAUAUUAUUUAGAUUCUUCUAGUCAGAAACGAGCAAUAGAGCUGGCAACAACACUUGAUGGAUCCCUCACCAACAGAAACCUUCAGACGUGCAUGGAGGUGUUGGAAGCCUUGUGUGGUGGUAGCUUAGGAGACUGUAAAGAAGCUGCUGAAGCGUAUAGAGUGAGUUGUCAUAAGCUUUUCCCUUAUGCUCUGGCUUUCAUGCCUCCUGGAUAUGAAGAGGAUAUGAAGAUCACAGUUAACGGAGAUAGUUCUGCAGAAACGGAAGAACUGGCCAAUGAAAUUUGAACAUCAUUAAACAAGCAAACGGAAUGACUUUGGACCAUAUCUAGUGUAUAAUAUUUUUGUCACGCACCUGCUGCAUUGCUCUUACUUACACAGAAUGAGAGGAGUAAAUGUUCUUGCCUUCAAAUAGUCUUACGUUUUUUUAUCCUGCUGAAAACUAUAUAUAAAAUAUCUUAACAUUACAGGAUAUAGGUUCAGUUUCUUAAAAAAUUAAAAGCUGCUAAAAUUGAGGGGUUUAAAAGAAAAAAAAAUCCGUAUCCUAUUCCUACCUUCCCUUCCCAUGUUUUUAACUAAUUUAUAUACUCUGGAGGCUAUAACAGCUAACAUAGCAGGUGUGUGGCAGAAAUAUUACUUUAAAUUUGUCUUGUGAGAUUUUACUAUAUCUCAGACAGCAUAAAUGCUGUUUUAGCACUGGAUUCUUUCACUGAGCACAAAGAGUUGUUGGGGCUUUAGCAUCUGACUGAUUUUGUUACGGGGUUGAUUAUUGACCAUAGGAAGUAUGCAAUGUGAAUCACUGUGUACAGAGCCAUCUACAACAGAUGCUUGACGUUGUAGAUAACUUGGACACAUAGCUACCAAGCAGAUUAAAUGAAACCUAGAAGGUGUUCAGUACGUGUGUUGUGUUUCCAAAAUUCACUGUACAUGAUCAGUUUGGUGUUCUUGUACCACAGUUUUUAACCGAAGGAACCAGUUGGAACAAUCUCAAUUUAACUAAAACUUGAAGAACUAAAAUAACAAUGCAAAGCUUUAGCAUUGUUUUGGCCAAACUUGUUAAAACUGUAAUGCAAGAACCAAAUGCACUGUGAUGUGGCACCAACUAAUUAGCAAGCAUGACUUUUUCACCUGAGAGUGAAAAAAGGAAACUCUACCAUGGCUUGAAGUUAAAGAGCAGAACUCCUGACUACCAUUCUGAUCAAGAGACUAAUAGCUAAAAACCUCAGCAGGCCUUGUUCACGAUAUGCAGAAAAAGUGCUGCAGUUUAGAUACCUCUGGAACUUUUCCACAGUGUCACAGGUUUGUAAUACUUGAAGCCCUUCAUUUCUAAGAAUAUAUUUCUUGCUCAGUUGUUUCAGGCAAGCCCAAGACUUUGUAAUUUUUAAAGGGCCCAAGAUUUUUCUUUUCAAUAACAGACCAGCUUCUUUUUCCUGCAGUUACAAAUGUAAUUUCUUUUUUGUUGUCAAACAUAAGGUACCAAAUAUGAUGCAAUAAAUUGUUUUGAAAAACAGUUGUGUGAAUAUUUCCACUAAUCCGAGUUGGGCUUCUGUGAAAUGCACAGGUGGAAACAGAGGUUGCAAGCCAGAGGCAAUGAAAUGCACUGUAGGGCUAGUAUAGAGGGGAGCUUUUUAGAAUGGGCUAAAUGGUGGUGUCAGGGAAGUUCCAGAAUUAAGUAGAAUGCUGCUCCUUUGUUCAGAUUUCACUGAGGGCUAGGAUGGUGGCAGGUCCUAUGAAUGUAAUUCAUAAUCUGAAAGGGAAACUAAACAUGACCAUUUUGAUUGGGAUAAUGAGCCUUAAACAUGUCAAACCUGGACACUGAGAACUAGCCUCAGGCUCAAUAUUUCUUUAUGUUUGCAAGGUCUGAGCAAUUAAGUUUAAGUAUAAUGAAUUAAGUGUAUAUAAAAUUGAACUUUUGUAGUAUUUUAGUUAUAGAUAGUACAUACACUAAAGGGAAUUUUCAGAAGAUGAGAUCCAUUUAUUUCAUAGUACAUGAUCUGCAUUCCACGUCCCAGUCUAGCAGGUUAGUGAUGCACAAGUACGUACAGUCUGAACUCCAGUGCUUUGCUUUAACAGGCCCUGUCUCAGGAACAUCUUAACAGAUGGCAAAAGAAAAGUGAGCAAACUUUAAAAAUUUUUCUCCUAUGAGUGGCAACUGAGGUUCCUUUUGUUUGGAAAGACACUAGUGGUAUGUCCGCUACUAAUUCAGUGUUGGAGGAGGCACCAGCCAUAUAGUAGGUGUGCGUGUGUGGAUUUGUUUAAAUUCUACUGUAUAUCACAAUGAAAUCCGUCUGUUUGUCUUGACAAUGUUUAAAUGAUAUAGAUUGUCUUAGGAUGAAUAACCAGAAAUACUCAGAACUCUGAUGCCGAUGCCACCCGAGAGGAGCCAAAUUCCUGUCGUGUAUAUUGUAUUCCAACCAAUUUUACUGGAACUAUUGAAUAAAUCUUUUAUUUUCUUUCAGGUUUAUUUGAUAGUGGAUACAUUGUCUGGUAUCACAGGACCUUGACUGGGUUCACCUAAAACAUUGUACUUUACUCUGAGCAUAUCUAUCAAUUGGAUCAUUUCACAUUUACCCCAUUCAUAUUGAGUUAAUUUCCAGUGAUACUGUGGGGGAAAACAGGGUUAGAUAAACAAGUUGGAAAAAUGCAGUGUGAUGUUGUAAUCUAAACAAGUGCCUUAUGUUUAUUGCUAAGAACUGGUGUUAUCAACCCUUUUAAUGAGAAGGGGUCCUCGGCCUGUAUUAAUAUAGGAAAGUAAAGAUCCUUCUGUUUUUCUUCAUAUUCACUCACUGUUAUUUCUCAUUGAAAAGCUAAAAUCUGACUAGCUUAGUUUACUUAGCUUUAAUUAGAUAGGUGAGUCAUACAUUUUCACCCUUUUUUCUGUAUUUAUUAUGCACAACAAUAAAAUGAUCUCUAAUAGCAUGACGAAAAGUAGUGCCGAUGUUGCUGGGAAGGUUUCUGGGUCUUACUCGGCCCUGUGUUGUCACCAUGAUUGUACUGCAUGCUCUAUCCUGUCAGAGCUGUGAAAUGAGAGCUGGGAAUGUAUGAAGAGCCAUGGUCCAGGAUCAGGUGGGUUGUGACGAACUCAAAUCCUUUCUAAUUAAUUGGUAAGACUAUUUCUGUUGCUGGGCAUACCAUCUAUUUGGGGAAAGCUAAAAAGUAGAGUACUGAAAAUACCAGGCAUUUGUUAUUUUAGAUAACUACUGCCCCUGAAUUCUGAAAAUGGCGAUAUUAAGAGAAUUCAGAUCAACCUUUCUGAUGGAGGAAGUCUUCCCUUUCUGCAUCAUGUUCCUGGUUUUUACAGAGAAGGAUUCUUCAUACCAUUUUGCUAUUGUCUAAGCUUUGCUGAACCCAUUGUUAAUCUAAUACACAAACCCUAUGAAAUGGCUGGCUAUGUUGUGCCAUAGGAAGCAGAGAUGGUCUCAGUUUUUGCUGGCUGAAAAUUUAACAACUUGUAGCAAUAAAACAUUUUUGGAAAAGG